AUGCUGCGCGAAAUCAGCAGACGCGUCGACUGGGUACUCGUCGGAGGUCGUUGGACUCGUGUUUCUAUUAUCGGAACGAGCCUUUCAAACGAUUGUUUGGAUCGAGAAAAUAAGGGUGAACUCGACAAUCGUGUAGUUAUCCUUAUGAUACCAGGGAAUCCUGGCAAUGAAGGUUUCUAUGCUGAUUUUGGUCAAAGAGUAGUGAAAUCUCUGUUGUCGAGAGAGGAACGUAUGGGUGAUCGAAAGCGACACUAUCUGUUCUACACAGUAUCGCAUCUAAAUCAUGUUGCACUACCACCUGAAUUGAAAAAUUCCGGAAAACAUAAGCACUAUGAUCGAUUCCAACUGGAUGCACAAGUACAACACAAACUCGACUUUGUCAGAGAACAUCUACCUAAAGCUCAGAAAGUGUACAUCGUUGGUCAUAGCAUAGGCUCAUACAUGAUGCUCAGAAUAUUGCCUUACAUCAAGGAUGACUUUAACAUCAAGAAAGCUAUUGGACUCUUCCCUACUGUGGAGAAAAUGGCCGACUCGCCGAACGGGCUGCGCUUGAGAAGAGUGCUAGCCACAUUGGAUGCUAACGAUUGGCUAGCAAAGGCUGUAUCGUUCUGGUUAGACUGUCUGCCAGUCGGUGUAAAAAAGUGGCUUGUCUCCUGGAAUCUUACCGGAGAAACUGUGCCUAAUGAUGUCAUUUUGUCGGCCGCCGAACUUCUACACAUGAAUGUUUUCAGAAAUAUUGUUCAUCUGUCUCAUGACGAACUCAUUAAGGUAUCCGAAUUCGACCAAUCGCUACUCAUUAAUAAAGAUCUCGUUUAUUUUUACUACGGAAAAGAAGAUGGAUGGUGUCCUGAGGAGCUCGGAUAUUCGAUGGAGACGCGCUUACCCCAGGGUCACGUUGUCCUAGACGAAGAUGGUUGUGAACAUGCAUUUGUGAUUCGGGAUGGUGCUGUGAUUGCGGAGAAACUGCUACGAUUCAUCAAAUAA